GGGUUUUUUGAACGGGCUCUAAAGCAGCGGUGUAACCGAUCCCAGCUGCUACUGUGUGAGGAAUUGAGAGCUAUUCCCGUCCCCCGUAUGUUGAUCACGUGUCCUUAGGGGACGUUUGCUUUGGGGAUCACUUUGGGAGGUAAACGCAGCGCACCGGUGCGCGUAGCCAAUUUGGAGAGAAACAUCCUUAAUAAUAAUCGUAAUGAUCCACCGGAGGAUCAACCGGAUCACUUUUGUUUCGGGGCGUUGUCAUACACCCUGUACACUGGCUUGCUUUACACAGAUCAGUAAGGGACUGGCACUCUUUGUGUGCUCCGUGACUCACUGACUUGUCAAAACUUCUGCGCUUACGAACCGCGAUCUUUACUGCGAGCAUCACAUUGUUGCCAUCUCCUGCAGCGAGUCGACGUACGGAGCUGUCACUGCGAGCCGAGUUGAAUAUUACAAUUGCCUGGGAGCUCUCGCCAGCGGAGCGGUGCAGCCCACUGACUGAACGGCACCGGACUGGUGUUUUUGCUUUGCGCCGCGCUGUGCGCUUUGUGGAACAGACGUGAAGGAGUACUCUUCAAUACCCCGGCUCGGCUCAUCCCCUCCCUGUCCACCCUUCUGUGUUUCUUUCGUUUCGGGGCUUCUCUCAAGAUGACAGAAGAAAAGAGAAGUGGGCAUGUAAAGCUGGUAAUUGGCCAGCUUCCGUGGGAUUUGAUGUCACCUUUAGAUUGGUUUAACUGAAGAUGGAAACACUGGAGUCUGAGCUGACCUGCCCGAUCUGCCUGGAGUUGUUUGAAGAUCCUCUGCUCUUGCCUUGUGCCCACAGUCUGUGCUUUAACUGUGCUCACCGCAUCCUGGUGUCUCACUGCUCCACCAGCAAGCCCCUCGAAUCCAUUUCUGCCUUUCAGUGUCCCACCUGUCGUUACGUCAUCACGCUGAAUCACCGCGGCCUGGAGGGCCUUAAGCGCAAUGUGACGUUGCAGAACAUCAUUGACCGCUUUCAAAAGGCCUCCCUUAGCGGCCCCAAUUCUCCCACCGAGAGCCGUCGCCUGCAGCCGCAGCGACCCUACACCGCCACCAUUAGCGGUACAAUAGCUGGAACGAUUGGCGGCGGCGGUGGCACAAGUGGAGGCAGCGCUCGUAGCAGCCCGGCCACUUCCAGCCACUCCCACCAGCACGCCAACCACACCAAUCACAUCAACCACACCAACGCUAACCACAGCCCAGCUGUUGUUGCUAAAAUGGAUCCACGGAUCAGCUGCCAGUUCUGUGAGCAGGAUCCGCCACGCGAGGCCGUCAAGACUUGCGUCACAUGUGAGGUAUCGUACUGUGACCGCUGCCUGCGUGCAACACACCCCAACAAGAAGCCCUUCACCAGCCACCGCUUGGUGGAGCCAGUGCCAGACACCCACAUCCGUGGCUUGACCUGCCUGGAGCAUGAGAACGAGAAGGUCAACAUGUACUGCUUGGUGGAUGACCAGCUCAUUUGUGCCCUCUGCAAGCUCGUGGGACGCCACAGAGAGCACCAGGUGUCCUCCCUCACUGAACGUUUUGACAAGCUCAAGGCUUAUCAGGUGAGCCCGGGCAGAGUGUCAGAUGCAGUAAUGGAGGCUUCAAAGACAAGCGCUGCGCAAACUCUGGAGAACAACCUAACCAACUUGGUGAAGAGGAACAGUGAGCUGGAGAACCAAAUGGCCAAGCUCAUUCAAAUCUGUCAACAGGUUGAGGUGAACACAGCCAUGCAUGAAGCUAAGCUGGUAGAGGAGUGUGAUGAGCUGGUGGAGAUCAUUCGCCAGAGAAAACAGGUCAUCGCCGUGAAGAUCAAAGAAUCCAAGGUGAUGAAACUGCGCAAGUUGGCUCAGCAGAUUGCAAAUUGUCGCCAGUGUUUGGAGCGCUCCAGUGCCCUGAUCACACAGGCUGAGCAGAGCUUGAAGGAGAACGACCACGCCCGCUUCCUUCAGACUGCCAGAAAUGUCGCCGAAAGGGUUGCAAUGGCCACGGCCUCCUCGCAGGUGCUCAUCCCAGAUGUCAACUUGAACGAGGCGUUUGACAACUUUGCUCUUGACUUCUCCCGAGAGAAGAAGAUUCUGGAAGGACUAGAUUACCUAACAGCUCCCAACCCUCCAUCUAUAAGAGACGAGCUGUGCACCGCCUCCCACGACACCAUCACUGUUCACUGGACGUCUGAGGACGAGUUCAGCGUCACCUCCUAUGAGCUGCAGUACACGAUCUACACAGGCCAAACAAACUUCAUCAGCUUGUACAACUCUGCAGACAGCUGGAUGAUCGUACCUAACAUCAAGCAGAACCACUACACGGUGCACGGCUUGCAGAGUGGCACCCGUUAUAUCUUCUUCGUCAAGGCUAUCAACCAAGCAGGAAGUCGCAACAGUGAGCCAGCCCGCCUCAAAACCAACAGUCAACCUUUCAAGUUGGACCCAAAAACAGCCCACAAGAAGUUACGUCUGUCCAACGACUGCCUGACCAUGGAGAAGGACGAGAGCUCGCUGAAGAAGAGCCACACCCCGGAGCGCUUCAGCGGAACAGGCUCCUAUGGAGCUGCUGGUAAUGUCUUUAUUGACAGCGGGUGUCACUACUGGGAGGUGCUACUCGGAGCAUCCACAUGGUAUGCCAUCGGCGUGGCUUACAAAUCAGCCCCAAAAAACGAAUGGAGCGGCAAAAACUCAUCCUCGUGGGUGUUCUCACGUUGCAACAGCAACUUUAUGGUGCGGCACGAUGGUAAGGAGAUGCUGGUGGAGGCGAGUCUGCAGCUGAGGCGGCUGGGUGUCCUGCUGGACUACGACAACAAUUCGCUGUCCUUUUACGAUGCCAUGAAUUCCCAGCAUAUCCACACCUUUGAAAUCUCCUUCCUCCUACCUGUUGUACCCACUUUCAUGAUCUGGAACAAGUCAGUCAUGAUUCUCUCAGGGCUACCUGUCCCCGAUUUUGUCGAUGGUGUGGCCUCGGAUCUUCAAGAGCACCAACAGCAGCAAAUGGGGAUGUGCCGGCAAGACUCGCCAUACUUGACCGGGAUGAAGGCCUGCCACUGAGUGGUCGUGUGACUGUAAAUGCGAUUAAAACACUGACACGGUGGCUCAUGUUAGCUAGUUACUUUCAUAUGGGUUUAAAAAGUUGCAAAUAUGCACAGCAGUCUGGAAAAAUGUCAGUCCGGUUAGUUUGUAGCCAUCCAAUAUUUUGCAAAUCCAUCAUCAACGAAUGGGAAUGAGGUCUUUUGACUGCAGCCAUCAGCAUACGUAAAGUCCAUCCGAUGCCCUGCAGUCACUGACAGAGAAAGCUUUGGUGUCCUGUAUUUUCAGGACCAUUUAAGGUCUUCCUUUUUUCAUCUGUGUUUCACCCCAGGCAGAAGACCAAAGUGAGAAUCUUCAUGUCAGCCAUUUAAAGUUUGAAGGUGCAGCACAUGAACAGUGAAACUACUUAACCUGUGGUAGAUUAUGAGAAAGACAGAAAAGGAAAAAUAUACAGAGAAAAAUGAAUAGAAAACCGAUUGAUGCUUUGACCACAGCAGUGCAAAGUGCCAUCCACCGAUCCAUAAUAGUUAUCAAACAGGUGGAUGGAAAGGCCAUAGCAGAUGCUUAGAAUCACAAUUUUUAGCUGUAUCGAACCAGUAAGUGAGCCUCCUCAUUCCCUGAGUAUCAGGGGCACUGUUGUUCCCAAAAAAGCCGAUCUUUUAAUGUCUUGAUUAUAAAUUACCCUUCUCUCUAAGGGGACAAGUAAACACAAACCUACCAGCAAAUUACCCCACACAUCAUUUCAGAGCGUCUGGAUCCCCCCCAGCGUUAGGGUCAAGCAGUCAGGAUUUGUUUAGUUUAUCGUCUGUCUUAGUAGUGUGAAAAUUGAUGCCACUUUUAUGUCUGUUAUUGCAGCGCAAGCAGCCGAGCUGGCCUUGUAGCAUAAAUUGUGGAAGCUCCAACUUUCAAGCUGCAGAACGUAACCUUCUGAUCAUAAGUGUCUAAAGUGUUUAAAUUUGUCUUUUAUUACAGAUUUAACAAAAGUGUAACGUGUGAAUGGGUAAGCUUUUGAAAUGCUGCCAGCCUGGACUUUUUCUGUCCCCCAAAAAAGGAGCUUUUUUGCUUUGGGGAAGUUUGAUUCCUACAAGGUUUACACUAGUACAUACAUUCUCUGGGAAACGUACAAUACCAAGCUUUUAUUCAGUCAUUUUUUUGAUUUUGAUUUCUACAUUAAUAAAAACAAAUAAAAAGCAAAAUUAUGAACAGAUCUUUGCUGAUCAUAUUUUAGCAAAUAUAUCAAAGUAUCUUACAGUUUCUCCAAAUGUGUAUGCAGACAUCCAAUUAUAGACAUUACAAUCUCUAGCUUGGUAGAGUUUUGUAUUUACUGCACAAAAUGGAAAAAUAAUGCACACCAGUAACUGCAAAUUCACUGUAAGAAGAUUUGAGACUAGGAAAAAAACUACAAAUUAAGACAGCGAGUUCAGUAGUAUUUUUUUUCUUGGUUGUAAAAGUAACACAGAGCUUAACUGCAUAUUUUGAGUAUAAUGAUGUAUGCUUAAACACAUGCCACGUUAGCAUCAUCUGCACUCCCAAAAUGUGACACAUUUACAGUGUGAUCAUACCGAUGAAACAAAAACACGAAAACCUCCCGCAUCAGUCCAGACACGAGAGUGGUAUUCUUUUUCCCACACAGAGACUCUUGAUUCUUAAAAUGUCCCAUUUUUUUUCAGUUUGUCUACUACAGCAGGCUGUACUGCAAGUAUUUCCUUGCCGCUGUUCAUGUGUUGUGUCCUUAAUAGCUAUGUGUGGUCACUGCUAUAGUCCUUUCCUCGAUCUUCCUCUUGGAUUUGACCCGUCAGUCUUGUUUUGUAUUGACAGGUCACAGCUUCCUUAUUUCAGGAAGCGUUAGCGUCGCUCCCGGAUUCUUUAUUAACAAGAUCCCAGGGGCCAGAUUUGAAUCGUGUGACUACUCGACUUGUAUAAUAAGAGGUUUAUUGAUAACUAGAGGGAAAAAAAAGUGUUAUUUAUGGAAAAAAAAAAGUUUACUUUUAUUAUUAAUCGCAACAUAUUCAUGAUGCACUUUUUAAUUAACACUAACUCCCCUCUGUGAGUAUUGAAAAAGAUGGAUGUGUGGCAGGGUUGUAAUGGGGAGGGUAAGAGACAAUAAGCACUGCUGCUGGUUGUGUUAACUCAUCCUAUUUUUCUGCUCAUAUUUUCAAAGUAAUUUAUGGUGGUUAGCGUGUAAAACAUACUGCAGUAAAACCUCUUUUGGUCACUCGGAGAACUUUGCAAUAAAGAAAGAAGUCACAGCUUUUGUUUACUGUGCUUUAAACACAACCAGCGACUUGUCCUCCCCAUUGCAUUUUUUCAAUAGCAUACAGUGAAACUACGUUUAGAAAAGGGAUAUGAUUAUGAUGGUGUUUGUGGGAUUUUUAUUGUGAUUAUAAUGAAUAACUAAUAGCUGUUUGUUGUUGACUUUUCACGGAAGGAGGUGGUUAACACUUAAACCUGCUGUCUGUCGCAAUGUCAUGGCAUGAUUGUGUUUUCCUCUGUAAUUUGUUACCACACACACACACACCAACACACUCCACGUUCAGUUUAGGUUGGUCUUGUCGUGAUAAAUGCAUGAUACAUUAUAGGAUCUCACAGUUCACCGGGUAAUUUAAGUAACUCUUUCAAGCUCACCAAUUAGGUUUUUUCCCUUUGGGUAGAGGCUCACCUGAACAUUUUACAAGCAGACCUGACCUCGAAAAUCUUUCUGUUCUUGAUCACUAUUGAAAUAGCAGCUGAAGUUGGAAAAAAUAGUUUUGCUUUCAGGUUCGGAUUUAAAGGCCUAGCGUGGGUGACAGUUUCUCUCUGGUUUGAUAUUCAAGGAAGCAGGGCUGAUUCAGACAAUCAAAUAUGUAUCAUAGUUUUUGCCGAUUUAAGAGGCCACGUAGCCAGAAAGUUGAGAGAAGCUGUGACAAAGUGACACUGGAGGUUGUGCUUAAAAAAAGAUGCAGACUUUUACCCGAUUUGACACGAGAAACCUUACGCCUCAUUGCCAAUUUCACUCCUUUUACUCAUCACGGGGUAUAUAACUGUUGACUGUCUUGUAACAUUUCUACUCUGACAGGCUAUGAUCUCCUUGACUUGAAAAAGCAGGCAUAUCCUGCAAACACACUGUUUUAAAUCAUUUGCUUGUGACCUUAAAGUCCCUUGAUGAGUCAGUUCGGAACGGCAGUGAAAAUCGGAUCUGCAUUAUUCACCAAGGGAAACUGAACGGUGCAUCAGUUAUGAAUAUUUACUCGAGGUGUUGAUUGAUAGAGAUGUUCCACAUGUCAAAGAUAACACAGCACACGAACAAAGCAGGGAGCUUACCGAACGUUUCCUGACUUCCAGAUAUCCAUUCAUCUUGCUGAAUAAUGUCGGUCGCAGCAGCCGAACAGUGUUGAUUUGUGAUCUGGACCGACAAGCUCAAGUCAUCUGUGCAAGUGUGCUCGGCUUGGUCACUGCAUGAAUAUGUGACCUUGCCGCAGGUUCAUGCUGUAACUCUGUCCUUAUCUUCGAGAUAGGGUUUCCUGUCGAGUCAAACAUAUUCUCAAUUUUUAUUUUUAUUUUUUACAAUGGGGGGGAAAAAAAACUUCGAAAGCAUACAGAAAAUGUUCAUUGCCAUGCAUAUCAGAUCAUCUGCAGUGCUCUUUUUUUGUGUCACAAGUCAAUACAGUAAAAUAUAUACGGUGAAUGAUUUUCAAUAGCUACCCACUCCUUGUAGUGCAGUGUAAUACCCUAGAGACAAUGCAAUAGAUUCUCCUUUCUGCUUUUCUGUUUGUGUAACUUGGAAAAUGUUUUUUGGUUUUUGGUUUUGGUUUUUUACAACUCAAAAGAAAGGCACUCCUCUCCUUUUGACAUUUGGACCUUAAUUUAAAAAAAAAAGAGAGAAGAAAACUGAAACAGCACAAAAAGAGCAGUUUUGCCUUCCUGCAAUGCUUCCUGUUUCCAUAGAUAUAACAGAUAUACUUUUAGUCAGAGAGGAAUGUAAAUCAUAGGGGGAAAUAUAUAUUAUAUAAAGUUGUAUAUUAUACAAAAUAUAUAUGAACCAAUGUUAUUUAUGUGAAUUUAAGUCCAAUUAAAAGUCUGAUCCCAAAAA